ACGCGUCCGCCGCUACAGAUUGGUUCCUACGUAAAAACAAAAUAAUAAUGAAAAUGGCGACGUCGCUGCUGAAGGUUGCAGUGGCAGGAAUUUCCAGAUGUUCUGGCGUUUCCCUCCUGAGGUCACAUUCGACGACAGCGCCACUUCCUGGGUCUCUGUGGAAAUUGGGGAAGCUGAACCAUGUAGCCAUUGCCGUCCCUGACAUGGAGAAGGCCACGGCCUUGUAUCGCGAUGUGCUCGGAGCCACGGUGAGCGAAAAGGUGCCUUUGCCUGAGCACGGUGUCUACACGGUGUUCGUGGAGCUGGGCAACACCAAGCUGGAGCUGCUCCAUCCUCUGGGGGAGAAGAGCCCCAUCUCUGGUUUCUUACAGAAGAACAAGUCCGGAGGGAUGCACCAUGUCUGUAUCGAGGUAGAUGACAUUAAUGCUGCAGUGGCCGAUCUGAAAGCAAAGAACAUCAGAACUUUGUCAGCGGAGCCGCGAAUAGGCGCUCACGGGAAGCCGGUCAUGUUUCUCCAUCCUAAAGACUGUGACGGGGUGCUGGUGGAGUUAGAAGAAGCGUGAACGUCGGGGACCGAAGACGCCUUCGUGUCCAUUUACUCCAUCAUUACUUAGAUGAUUGCAGGGAUGCGAGUGCUGAUUGCUGGUUGUGAUGUUCCUGUUUUGUUCUGGCUUAGGUCUAGUGUGAUGUGUGACCAUUUCUAUAAAAGCUCUUGCAAAGCA